AUGAGUCGAGCUGAUCAAGACAUCGUAAGAGAGGGACAGGAAAGUCCCCGCCUUGCGUGGACUCGGUCUGGGCGGACGCGAUCCAAUUUAGAGGAUGUAGCGGAAGAAUUUACCGCUGGCAACGAACCUCCCCCACCACCUCAAACACGAGGACGGAGGCGGUCCUCUCAAACACAGGUCCCACAAAACCAAGAUUCACGGAGAGCCCCCUCAAGGCCAGCUACGCAAAGACAAGCCUCCUCGCAAAGAGAAGCUGUCCCUAGAACACAAAGACAAGCUUCACAAAGAGAAGCCACUGCAAGGCAAGAUCCGCAGAGACAACCCCCGCGAAGGCAAAAUACCAAUGGAAAUCGCGCAGACUCUUGGGACGGCGACGAACAGGAGAUCCCGAUUGGCUUGCGGACAAGUGAUGUCGACAUGGAUCGACCAACAACAGAAGCUUCCUCUGAUACACGAUCAGAUCCUCCUCCUCAGCCGGACAGUCGUCCGGGACCAUCCGGUUCAGGCGUGAGGCCCGCCCGACCCAGUGAAUCGACCCCGCGGGAUCACGGCCGCCAGCGUGACAGGCAACGCCCCGCGGAUGACAACCGAAGUCGUCGCAGGGGAAAUGCUGCCAGCGAUCCAAACCCACAGAGUCUCCACGGUGGGACAGACACUGAGCAUUAUGAUGACGGCGAUGGUGUCCCCACAUUUGCUUCAGAUGGAGAAUUCGAAAGCGACAACGGAGAAAGUGACGAUGGUGAGCCGACAUACGGGACUCUGGCUCUGGACGGCCAAUUGCAGGAACGAAACGGGCGUCAGUACUUUAAAUUUGUUCAAGCAGACACCGGCAUCAGGGAAACGGCGAGAAUUGAAGGAAAGGCCCCUAGCAAAAACAUUGUUAUAUUCUCUACUCGUCCCCUGGAAGGUCACGGUUCUCGUCCCGCUUAUGCUCGAAGGAUGGCGGAAGUAGGCCUAUCAGGUGUAGCCAUUGAUGAAAUCCAUCCGAUGAAAAAGGCUGAAUUUGCUGAAUUUCGAAGAGACGGUCGUCUUGGCAUCCUUCUCGUGGCAUCUCUGUCGCCUGUGCCUGAGCCUCUGCAGCAACAUCCUAUGACGUGGAUCAAGGUACAAUCCGGAGACGACGCAAAGUGGAUAGCUAGAAGCACUUUUGUGGGUGGCUACAAGGAAGGCCAAGCUUUCAUUAAUAGGCACUACGAGGCGACUGGUCAAGAUCCUCCCCCUCAGCCACUCCCUGUAGCGGAACGGCGACAACUGCAGGCCGAGGGUCAGCGGCUGCGGCGCAAUCCAGUGCGUGCGGCACGACCGGAGCAGCCACCAUCACCACCAGCCAGCUCAUCCAGGCAAAACGCAACACCCGAAGUUCGACGCACCCCAAGACGCACAGCACGGCGCAGCAGGACAAACCAAGACCCGCCCACCAAUUCGGGGCGAGGGAACCGGUCGAGCCAGGAGCCAUUGCCUCCCCGCAGUCCUUCGCCAAACCACCAACGAUCUACCAACCAGGAGGGCGAGGAUGCUCGUGAACACCCAAACCCACGCCGACGUGUAGCCACUCGCCAACAAUCCGGCACAUUUCCUGAAGAGGUACGAGCCUCAUAUCAUUAG